UCAAUACCAUAUCACAUCCUGAAUUCUUCCGUUUGAUAAAAACUGUAUUAGUAGAAGCUUUUGAAAUGAAAUGUACUCGGACGUUUUGUACAACAAGACAAUAUGUUUUGUGCAAAGUUUAAACGAAAUGUUGGCAUAAUUCUUAGCGGCCGUGGACUAGUCGGACUCAAACUCAACUGUGUAACUUUUUCAAGAACUUUUCAAAUUUGUACUCGAUAUUUACAGUAAGUGAAUAAGAUUAAGGCUUCUGUAGUUAGGGCUAUUUCUAUUAAGGAACAGUCAUGAAAAUUCUCGUAAUAAUUUUGUGUAUAAUUCUGAAUUUGACUUUAUGUUUGUGUGAAAAUGAUCAAUGUAGCGAAACGAGCUGUGACUUGAAGAAUUUAUACAAGAACGACAAAAGGAUUCGACUCAAUGACGGCAAUUAUAUUCCAACGUUUGGUCUAGGUGUGUGGAAGAUACCUAACGGCCUAGACACAAUAAACGCUGUCACUUGGGCUCUGAAUUCCGGCUAUCGGCAAAUCGAUACCGCGGCACGAUACGGGAACGAAGAAAGCGUUGGUGAGGCUCUAAGCGCUUCAGAAAUACCAAGAGAGGAGAUUUAUGUCGCAACGAAGCUAUAUGAUGACAGCCAUGGUUAUAAUGAAACACUAGAAGCAUUUCACAAAAGUUUAAAACGUUUGGGGUUAAAUUACAUUGAUUUGUAUUUAAUUCAUUCACCCAUGAACGGCAAAAUUUUACCCACAUGGGAAGCUAUGAUUGAGCUUAAAGACAAGAAACUUGUGAGGUAAGAUUAAAAGAAACUUGCAUAAUAUUUAAAGACACUUCCUUUAGUAAAGUAUAAAACGGAUUUUUAAUUAAACUCUUGACAUGAUAGAUAUUGUUUCUAAUUAUAUUAUAACAAUUAUAAUGCUAAUUUUUCUAAUUAUUGAUUAUUGAGAUGCAUGCACCAAUAUAUUUAAUUUGCAUCUAAAUUUGGUUACUUAGUUACCAUAACAGCAUAGGCCAUAAUUAUUCAUUAUUUGGACAACUAUAAGAUAGCACUGUAUAGAACUGCUUAGUUCUUUAUUAAUAAUCUCUUAUUUUUGGCUACUUUGAUUCAUCAACUUAAGUUGUGCUGUAUGUAUAAAACAAGAUUUAUUAAAUCCGAUUUACACUUGCCUAAAAGUGUGGCUAAAAAACCUGCUUACAACUUGAGUUGUACUGUGUAAAUCAAGCAUACAACUUGCCUACGUUGUACACAACUCACUUGCAACAACACAGCGAGUUGUGUGGUAGAUUUACACAGUACAACUUAAGUUGUAAGCAGGUUGCAUGCGACAGUUUUAAGCAAACGUCUGCCUUUAAAGAGUCGCUACUUGAAUUGAUGCAAUGAUACAAUAUAAAAUUCAGUAGCAUUCUCUUUAUUAAUCAUUUAGAUCAAUCGGCGUUUCAAAUUUUGGCAUCCAUCAUUUAACAGAAUUGCAUAAAACCUUUGACGUUAUACCAGCGGUUAACCAGAUUGAAGUGCACCCGUUUCUACAGGAAAUACCUUUGGUAAAAUAUUGCGAAGAAAACAACAUCAUGAUCCAAGCGUAUUCCCCGCUUGCUAACGGCCAAAAACUGGACGAAACAAAUUUGAGAAUGUUGGCCAAGAAAUACCAGCGAAGUCCCGCUGUGGUUCUGAUAAGAUGGUGUUUGGAAAAAGGUUACGUGUGCAUUCCGAAGAGCAGUAAUAAGCACCGCAUUGAGGAAAAUAUAACUGCUUUUGAGUUCGUAUUGGAGAAGGAAGACGUGGACUUUUUGGACAGUUUAGACGAAGGAUUUCGUACUUGCCAUGAUAAAAUCAAGCUGCCUUGGACGGGCUGAAAAUUAUUGAUCUGGUUGAAGCUACGAAUGCAGAAGGUGGAAGCUGCUCGCACUUUAAAUAUCGAUGGUAGAUUUAGAGAUCGCAGAAUAAAGGAUUUACGAGUUCUUUUAGGGAGCAACCGACCGACAAAGGCAACGGCAGAAACCAUUAUUACUUUUUUGUGUUCAAGCCAAAGUAUACAUUACUAGACUUCAUUUGCCUCUUGAAAGUACUUAUCUUUCAUUUCAAACAACCCUUAAGUAGCAAUGGUCAGUGAAUUCACAUGAAAAUCCCCCACACGACUUCGAACUUUUUAACUGUUGACGUAGUUAUGAGCUGUGAAAAUGAUGUAAAUAACGUAGCAGUUUAAACGCAUUUGUCUUGGGGUCGGUUGUUCAAAGGUGGGUUAGUGCUAACCCUGAGUUAAAAUUUAACCUGCUGUUUUAGUUCGUGUAUUUCUACACGUCUGUUUAUUUCAAAACUUCAGAGAAGAAAACUCCUAUCGAUCUAGACAAGAUUUCUGAAGAAACAUUUCCAAAUUUAUACACAAGCUGUCAGGAAGAUUGCUUUGAAUUUUAAGUCAACCUAGGGUUAAGCUAAUCGACUUUUGAACAACCAGCCCCUGGAGUAAAAAUUCGAUUGAUCGUCACGUCUUCAGCUAAGGAACUUGAAUUCUGUAUUAUUUUGAAGCUUUUUAAAAUAACGUUACACACGGCUAAGUUCGGGAAACACGAUUCACUGUCUGAGACAGUUUUUAUGUAACUAGUCCAACAUCACAACAAACAUUCGCGUUGCUGCAAUGACGUGAAAAUCUUAGUUUAACCACAGAGUAAAUACAUACAAAGGUCUCGCUUCAGGUUAAUUUACAGGCCUCGAAUUUGAGAAAAAUAAAGGCAAGGCCAGUUUGCCCUUGAAUGUUACUAAGUUUUUUCAGGGCAUCAAGAUUCAAGGCCAGUUUGAAAAUUUUAUUCAGUUGCUAUUUUGAAGUUUCAAAUAACGUUUGAGUUUCCAUGAGAC